UAUCAUACCUGCCUACCUGCCUACCUACCUACACCUGCGCCCUCCCUCUCCAACACACCAACACCACCUAUCCGAUCCAUCCAUCCAGAACAAAGUCGGUCAGUCGUCGUUGCAAUUGCCCAUUGCAUACAUCGACAGCUACAUACAUACGCGCCACCAUCCUCCCCAGCCAACCGCACUCCCCGCAGCUCACACGCAUUGGCUCGGCUCGGUUCCAUCCUAUCCUAUCCUAUCCUACGUAGAGGGACAGCCAGAACAGAUUCCUUAUUCCUCAUUAUAUCGGAUACUUAUCCAUCCAUCCAUCCAUUCACCCAUACCUCCAUUCGUUCCCUCAUCCAUCUCUACAAAAACGAGGCGUCUGUCUGCAGGCAAUCCGCCCAACCAACCAGCCAGCCAACCCAACCGCGUACCAAGCGAGCGAGCGAGCCAGCACUACUUUUGCUACCCACUCGUCCGGUCCCGCUCCCGACUUGCCUUGCCUGCCCACGCCCGCCUGCGAAUCAGCCCCGUCCGUCUCAUCGUGACGAGUCGAGUGCACCUUUUUUCCUCCGUGGCCCACCCGCCCAGCCUCUCUUCCUCUCCAAAUACCCCCCGCACACCGCGAAGCUGGAUUUCCAGGAGACUACGCCGCCUCCCCUCUGCCACUCGCCUUUCGCCAGCGAUCGAGGGCGUGAGUCGACUGCAGACACCACCCCCAUCAGCACUCCCACCGAACCCUCGGCCUCGUCCCCCCAGUUUGGCCGUCUGAAGCCCUCGCAGCUUUCGCUAGCCUGGCAACGCAAGCCGCACGAGCUCAGCGCCUCUCUGUGCCCUCUGCCCGACUCGGAUCUCUUGUUCGAAGACGCCGGCGACUGCAGCUUCCCGCUGUUCCCAGACAGCCCGCCGCCGACACACAGCCUGUUGCAAGACAUGGCACAGGCAGCCUCGCCUCCCGACAUUGCGACCAUCGCCCCGCGCUUCGGCUCAAACUCCCCGCAGAACCAGACCUCCAAUCUGACCAGUGCUCUGCGCGAAGCCGCUGCCUCCCGCGAGGGUUCAAACAACACCACCCCUAGCAACGCCGGCAACAACACCUUCUCCUCUCCUGCCAACGAUGUUCACCACCAACGGCCCAGCCUCGGCGUUCACCGCGACUCCUUGACCAAUGGCCUCGGCGGCUCCUUCUAUGGCAGUGGCGCUCACCCUAUUUCCAUGAAGGACCGCCCACGCCGCGAGUCUAACAACAUGGGCAGUCUGGUCAAUGGCCUUAGCUGGGGUGGCGUUUCUGUAGGCUCCUGGAUACGCGAUGACAUUAUGAUGGGAACCUCUCCCGCAGGCUUCAACAACCAGUCGCCUUCUUUCCACUCGUCGUCCUAUCUCCCCAAAAUGGAGGCCAACUUCAUGCGCGACUUCACCUGCUGCGGCCUAACUCUCGCCAAUCUGCACGACGUGCUUCAGCACUUCGAAGAGGUUCACGCCGAUGCCCCCGCUUCCCGGCAUUCCAAGCCGACCCAGAGCGGUCUACCCCCCACAUCUGGUGCACAGAAUCCCGGUAUCACGCCAGGCCAGACCCAGACCCAUGGAGAUCCUGCGACACAUACCCAGCUGGGCUUCCAGCCUCGUUCCGGAUCCAUAGGCGGAGGUCGGACACAGCGAGUAGGCUCGGAUGGCUUCAGCCGGACCAACCUAUCCACUGUACAGGACAUGGAUUCGCUCGAGGACAUGGAGAUGGACGACGUGAAUGACAACCUUGCCACCAUCGAGGAGGCACCGUCGCCCUUCCCUAACCAACAAAACCAGUUCAACCAGAACCAGGGCCAACUCCCGCCUCUGAACGUCAACCUCGCCAACACAAUGCAGAACCACCAAGGCAUGCAUACAUCUACCCCAACCACCCCGGCUGCUUCGCAGCAGUUCAACCUGCAAAAUAACCCCACGGUUUCAUCGGUGAACACACCUACUCUUGGAACCGUCCCAAUGCAGAAUGCUUACAACCUCACAUCUCCCGAAUCAUCGCAUCCUGGCACCCCUGCCGAGCUCGAUAUGGAUUUUGUGGGGUUCAACCAGCCCAUGAUGGGUAUGCAAGGCAUGGACAUGAACUUUGGCAACGGCAACUUCGGCGCCAUGGCCGGAUUCGACGGCACAAUCGAUCAGCCUGGAAAGCGUCUGUUCAGUAAACAGGGUGGCGGCCUCAGCCAACAGCAACUCCAAGCUGCCCUUAAGAACUACCAACUUGCCAACGGUGAUCAGAGUGAGAUGGCGAAGCGAAUGCAGCAGCAGCAGAUGAUGAACGGUGCCAACGUGCCACAAUUCCCCUUCCCUGAGGAAGUCAAGCCAUUCAGGUGUCCCGUCAUCGGCUGUGAAAAGGCCUACAAGAACCAGAACGGCCUCAAGUAUCACAAACAGCACGGUCACCAAAAUCAACAACUCAAGGAGAACGAAGACGGCACCUUCUCAAUUGUCGAUCCCGUCACAUCCAUUCCUUACCCCGGGACCGUCGGCAUGGAAAAGGAGAAGCCGUAUCGCUGCGAAAUGUGCGGCAAGAGGUACAAGAACCUCAACGGCCUCAAAUACCACCGGACGCACGCACCAAGAUGCAAUCCGGAGUUAGCCUUCAAUCAAAUGCCCGCGCUGCAGGGAAUGAACGUGAAUACGAAUGUGGCGGGUGCCGGCAUGACGGGCAUAGAUACAAAUAUGUUCUAA